AUGGGCCAGGCUGCCGUCUCCACCGUGUCCCAGACGGCUCGUGUUGAUGGGUUGGAGAAGUGCUCGUCUCUGGCCGGCUGCGAUGUGGCGGUGGACAGCGCCACAAACGCCCCCAACGGCUCGCGGCAGCAGAGAGGGAAGCUAUUGUCUUUAGGGAAGAUUUUCAAACCGUGGAAAUGGAGGAAGAAGAAGACCAGUGACAAGUUCCAGGACCUCUCUAAAGUUUUAGAAAGAAAAAUUUCAACAAGACAAACACGAGAGGAGCUUAUCAAGAAAGGAGUACUCAUCCCUGAUCGAGAUGAGCCUGUGAACAAUGAGAACCUGAAUGGCCACACCACGUCCAGUGUGACAUCAGAUGAAGUCAAGGUGGACAUAGAAUCACCAGACACACAACAAGAGCAAGCCGUCGCACCUGCCAACAACACUGAGGGGAGAAAAGAGAGGAAUAAUAUUAAGCCUUCCAUCACUCGCUCAAACCCGGUGCGCUCUCGAGACCCCCAGAGUAAAAAGCAGCCCGCCGUCUCUCAGCCCACCUUCACCAAAGACUCCGGGGCUGCAGGCACAGUCAGGCAGCGAGAGGCCUCUGCUGGGGCUAAAAAAACAUGUAAAACCACUGGAAAGUCAGGCUCUGCCAUUCAAACUAAAGCUAACACCCGCAACACUAACAACACUAGCCGUGGGACUGCCAAAUCAUCCCAGCCAAAGAAGACAGCCAAUGCUACAAAAACACCAAAUUCCAGCUCCAGUCCUCGUUCUAAGGAUUUAGUACCUGCUGUGCGCACUUCUGGAUCAGACGCAAAGUCAAACCAUAAACCUGACACUUCCUCUAGACCUCACAAAAAACAGGGGCAAAAGGCAGACUCCAAACCAUCUGAUCUAAAAUCCACUUUGUCCAGAAGUUCAGAGGGAAAAGACUCUAAAGUGUCCCCUAGACCUGCACAGACUGCCCCCAAGGCAGAGGAGACACAGGAGCCGGUGGUGGAAGCCUCUGCUCCGGCUCCGUACGUGAACCCGGAGACUGAGGACACGUCCUUCACGGAGCAGCCAGAGUCAGAGGAGAGGCCAGACACACGGCCAGACACACGGCCCGAGGAGAGGCCCGAGGAGAGGCCCGAGGAGAGGCCCGAGGAGAGGCCCGAGGAGCCCUCAGGGCAGAGCCCACGGUCGGCAGAGGCUCAGUGUGAGAAGCCGUCCGGCCUCAGCGUCAACACGGAGCAACUGGAGGUGACAGAGAUCCCAGACCGGCCCCGGAGUCAGACCAGUGACUCGGACUCGGACGGUCCGAUCCUGUACCGGGACGACGAAGAGGACGAAGAGGAAGACGAGUACACAAACAGCGCAUUGGCCAAGAAGAUUCGGAGGCGAGACACUCUGAAUAUUAAACUUGGAAACCGCCCAAGUAAAAGGGAGCUGGAGGAGAAAAACAUUCUUCCUCGGAGCUCAGAGACAGAGCGGCAGGAGCUGCGCCAACAGAUCGGCUCCAAACUCGUCAGGCGUUUAAGCCAAAGACCCACCACAGAGGAGCUGGAACAGAGGAACAUCCUCAAACAGAAAAAUGAAGUAGAGGAACAAGAAGCCAAACAGGAGAUUAAAAGACGACUAUCCAGAAAGCUGAGUGUGAGGCCGACUGUAGCAGAACUAGUUGCUCGCAGGAUCUUGUGUUUUAAUGAGUACGUGGAGGUCACAGAUGCCAGCAACUACGACCGUCGCGCGGACAAGCCCUGGACACGGCUCACUCCUGCUGAUAAGGCUGCUAUUCGUAAGGAGCUCAAUGAGUUUAAGAGUCGAGAGAUGGAGGUUCAUGAGGACAGUAAACAGUUCACCAGAUUCCAUCGGCCGUGA